CUCUCCCUCUUUCUACUAUGCUCUUCUCAUGCAUGAACUAAUCACUUAGUCUCCUUUUGCCUAACUUCAAGCAAGCUACCAUUAAUGGCUUCCAUGAACAACUGGUUAGGAUUUUCUCUCUCCCCUCACCAGCAACUCCCUUCACAAGGUGAUAAUCAUCAAGAUCACUCCCAAAACACUGUCUCCCGUCUUGGCUUCAACUCCGAUGAAAUCUCCGGUACCGAUGUCUCUGGCGAGUGUCUCAAUCUCUCCUCGGACUUCUCAGCACCUUCCCUCAACCUUCCUCCUCCUUUUGGCAUGCUUGAAGCCUUCAAUAGAAACAAUCAAUCCCAAGAUUGGAAUAUGAAGACGGCAGACCUACCCAUGUUGAUAGGGAGUUCAUGCAAUACCCAAAACCAAAAUCCAAAACAGGAGAACUUCCUCGGUGGCCCUGCGGCGGCCACAACCGUAGAAGAGUAUUUGUUUCCCAACUGCUCUGGCAACAGCGGAGGGGAAGAAGGUGGCAUCACAAAUAAAAAUGGCGAGGGCAGCAGUAGUACCUUUGGGUUGUCCAUGAUCAAGACAUGGUUGAGGAACCAACCGGCCCCACCAUCAAUCACUCAGCCAGACUGUUCUAAUAGUAAUGGCGGUGGACAGACGUUAUCUCUCUCUAUGAGCACUGGGACUUCACAGCUUCACACUGCCAGUAAUGGAGGCACCAGCGGUGGAAAGAGUUCUUCCUCUGAUACUAAUAAGCAGCAGAAGACGACAACAACCACCGGUCUCGACAGCCAGACUGACGCCAUUAAAGCGGUGCCGAGGAAAUCUAUUGAUACUUUUGGCCAAAGAACUUCUAUUUACCGUGGUGUAACAAGGCAAUUUUCUUCUUUGCACAGAUGGACUGGGAGAUAUGAAGCUCACCUGUGGGAUAACAGUUGCAAAAGAGAAGGACAAACCAGAAAGGGAAGGCAAGGUGGGUAUGACAAAGAAGAGAAGGCAGCUAGAGCUUAUGAUUUAGCAGCACUGAAAUACUGGGGAACAACUGCAGCCACAAAUUUCCCAAUUAGUAACUAUGAAAAGGAGUUGGAAGAAAUGAAGCACAUGACCAGGCAGGAGUAUGUUGCGGCUUUGCGAAGGAAGAGCAGUGGAUUUUCUCGAGGUGCAUCGAUAUACAGAGGAGUCACAAGACAUCACCAGCAUGGAAGAUGGCAAGCAAGGAUAGGAAGGGUUGCUGGGAACAAAGACCUUUACUUGGGAACAUUCAAUACCCAAGAGGAGGCAGCAGAAGCCUAUGACGUUGCAGCCAUAAAAUUCCGGGGACUGAAUGCAGUCACCAACUUUGAGAUGAGCAGAUAUGAUGUGAAAAGCAUACUGGAGAGUAGCACACUUCCCAUUGGAGGAGCAACAAAGCGGCUGAAAGAUAUGGCAGUGGAUGCACUGAGGGCCGAUGAGGAUAAUAUCAGUUCACAGAUAACUGCAGAUAGGAUUGGCAGCAAUGGCGCAGCAGCAGCCCACCAUGGCUGCUGGCCUACCAUUGCAUUCCACCAACAGCUUCAGCAUUUCACCUUGCCUUUACCCUACUGGCAAAGACUCUGGUGCAAACAAGAACAAGAUUCUGACACCAGCAACAGUAGUUUCCAAGAUCUUCACCAGCUGCAAUUAGGAAGCACCCCCAAUUUUUUCCCACCGUCUGUCAUGCACAACCUCAUGAACUUGGAUUCUUCUUCCAUAGAGCACAGCUCUGGAUCCAAUUCUGUCAUCUACAGCAAUAAUGGGAAUGGUGGUGAAGGUGGUGGAAGUAAUGGCACCACUGCCAAUGGUGGUUACAAUGGGAGCAACAAUGCAAGAUAUAUGUUCCCUUUGGGGACAGUUAUAGCCAGCACUAAUUGUAACCAAAAUCAAGGAAAUGGCUUUGGAGAUGGUGCUGAAGUGAACAUGUUUGGGCCAGGAGAUCCAUACAAUAAUCAUGAGAGGAACUUGUACUAGCUUUCUUAUCAUCAAUCACCAAAUGGAGAGAAAGCCGCGAGCACAUAUGAUCAGGCCUCAACGUGCAACAACUGUGUGCCAACUGCAGUUCCUGCAAUUGCACAAAGGUCCAGCCAGCACCGUGGUUGUAGGCCAUGGAGCUUCAACAUUUACACUGUGGAAUGAUACAUAAAUCAAUGGAAGAGGAAGAAGAAGGGAGAAGGGGGAACGGAUCUGGCUAGGAAGAGAGAAGGGAACAUGUCUACAAAUAUGAUCUAAUUUUCUUGAUUUUGAUUUCGCAUUUCCUCUCUUCCUUCUGGAUUAACUAAUUUAACUGGGGAAGAUAGGAUUUUUCUUCUUUUUUAUUAUUUUAUUUUAUUUUUUAGUUCUCUAACUUUGCAGUUAUAGAUGCAGAUUUUAUAAUUUAUCAAGGGUCCAACUGAAGUUCAACGAUAGCAUGUGAGGCUUUGGCUAAAGGUUUUCUCACAUGCUACGAAUUUUGGGAACUUCAGUUCAGGAUGGAUCCUCCAAA